AUGGCUGCGGUGAGAGUAGCCCCAACACGGGCAAUGCGAGCCAUGAAUCUUCUCCGCACAGUACAAUACACACAUCCUCCAUCCUGUCCUUGCCACGGCAAUCCCAGCUACCACCAGCAAGGUCCAUCCUCAUCCCUCGUCGCGCAUACCAAGGCGAACCUCCAACGCUCUUAUGCCACUCCCGUAGAUAUGUCUCGUCAGAAGGAAUAUGCCUUUGAAAUGGCAGCUAGUUCAAUCCGGUUCGGAGCUGGUGUUACGAAGGAGGUAGGCAUGGAUUUUAAGAAUCUGGGUUCAAAGAGGGUUUGUGUGGUUACGGACAAGACGGUUAGGGGGUUGGAUGCUAUGAGACAGGUUGAAGAGGGGCUGAAUAGAGAGGGUAUUGAGUAUACGGUUUAUGAUGGGUGUAGGGUUGAGCCGAAGGAUAGUUCAAUCAAGGAAGCAAUAGAAUUUGCAAAACCCUACGCCCCAGACGCCUUCCUAGCCGUAGGAGGUGGCUCCGUCAUUGACACCGCAAAACUAAUGAAUCUCUACACCUGCUAUCCUAAUGCCUCCUUCCUCGACUUCGUCAACGCACCCCUAGGUAAAGGCCUUCCCAUAGAGAAACCUCUCCUCCCCCUCAUCGCCGUCCCCACCACCGCCGGCACCGGCUCCGAAACAACCGGCACCGCAAUUUUCGACCUCGUCGCCUCCCGAUCCAAAACCGGCAUCGCCCACCGCAACCUCAAACCCACCCUCGGCAUCUGCGAUCCCCUCAACACACGCACCAUGCCGUCCGCCGUACACGCCAGCUCCGGUCUCGACGUGCUCUGCCACAGUCUCGAAAGCUGGACCGCGAUCCCGUAUUACGAGCGUACGCCGCGCCCGAGCAACCCAAUUAAUCGCCCCGCGUACCAGGGCGCGAAUCCGAUCUCGGAUAUCUUCAGUUUGCAGGCGCUGAGGAGCACCGUUAAGUAUUUGCCGCGGGCGGUGAAGGAUCCCGAGGAUCAUGAGGCGCAGAGUCAGAUGUUGCUUGCUGCUACUUUGGCGGGGGUGGGGUUUGGGAAUGCGGGGGUGCAUUUGUGUCAUGGAAUGUCCUACCCAAUUUCCUCCCAAAACCCCUCCGCCUACACCCACCCUGGCUACACCGUCCCUCACACCAUCAUCCCCCACGGCGUCUCCGUCGCCGUCACCGCUCCCUCCGUCUUUCGCUUCACCGGUGCCUCCAACCCCGCCCGCCAUCUCGAAGCCGCCGCCGCAUUCGGCGUCGACACUUCCCAGGUCCCGCUUGAAUCAGCCGGUGAGGUGCUUGGCGAGGCGCUGCAGAAGUUCCUCCAGGAUCUUGGUGAUCAGCCGAGGGGGUUGAAGGAUUUGGGGUUUAAAGAAAGUGAUGUGGAAGCACUUGUUGAGGGGACGAUCCCGCAGAGGAGGGUUUUGAUGCUGGCGCCGGGGUUGAGUGAGGAGGUGGGGGAGGAGAGGGAGGUUUUGAGGGGGUUGUUUGUGGAUAGUAUGUAG